AUUGCCUCUUAACGCACCUCUGCCUCUCUCUCUCUCUCUCUCUCUCUCUCUCUCUCUCUCAUUUUUUCAUUUCCCUCAUAAACCCAAUUUCAAUCAAAUCCCACUAUAACCCUUUUGCUCAAUCAACAAUUUUGAUUUCUUGUCACAUAAAAAAGUUGUGCAACAUGAGAAGCACCAAAGAACAGAACAAAAACAAGUUCAUGAGAAUCAUCACAGUACCCAUCAGAGCUCUGAGCAAAGCCAAGGACUUUUAUGUGAGAAGCAUGACAGAUGUGGCUGAGAGAGUGAGCUAUGGCAACACCAUGGGAGGCCCAGGUGGCCAGUUCUCUUCAAGCCUUCCCAAAAGCUUCAGCUCUAGGUCAACUUCUGGGUCGAGUGAAGCCAGUGGUGAUGAUUUUUCAGAGCUUAUCAGAGCUGCCUCUGCCAGGAGCUAUGGAACAAGGAUUGAUGUGGAUGCAAUAUUGAAAGAGCAGCAGCUGAAGCGAUCUGCUACAACCACCACCAUGGGAUCAAAAGCUGUGCUUCCCAAGUGUAGCAGCGUGGCCAUGGGCAGGAUUGAUGAAGACGGGCCUGCUGAUUUUGAUGAACAUGCUGCUGGUGAUGUCAAGCCUGACUUGUUCUACCCAAGAAGCAGAAGCUAUGCUGUUACAAAGAGAAGUGUUGCUUUCUGAUCGUUCUGUAAUGGGAAAUUUCUUGUGGUUUUGAUUCAUUUUCUUAUGUGAUUGAAACUUGAAAAGUGUCUGUACAAAAUUCAGGUUUUGAAAUUAGAGCUGGUUUGAAAGUUUGAAGUGAGUUUGUUUGUAUAUAUGCAUUCUGUUUCAGGACAACUUUUAAAGCCUAUCUACUUUGCUGCAAAUACAAGCAAAAUUAUGAGAAAAAAAACUUGGGUUAUUGCUUAA